AUGUCGUAUUCGGAACAGCAAGGAGGUCCCUAUCCUCCCCCUAGAGACCCGCGCGAUCUUGGAGAAUCGCAGUACCCUCCACCUCCAGGAGAGUACCCCCCGCCACCCGGGGAAGAAGACGACCGCGCGAGGGCGUACCACCAGCGCGCGCCAAUGCCGACCAACGUCACGCUGCCCUCAAUAUCUCCGUACGAUCCACAGUAUGCUGCGACAAACGGCUACCCGCAGGAUCCGAGGUACAGACAGGAUCCGUAUCAUCAGGGGCCGCCACAGGGCGCCUACGACCAGCGUGCUUAUCAGGGAGAGUACAAUAGGGGCGGACCUCCACAUAUGGCAUUCAGCCAGACCGCGCCGAGGCAACGGACCGCAAUCGCAUGCAGGUAUUGCAGAAGACGCAAGAUUCGCUGCUCAGGUUUCGAGGAUAACCCGACGGGCAAGUGCCAGAACUGCCAGAGAUUCCAGCAGGAGUGCAUCUUCACCCCCGUCUCGUCGCAGGCUCAGGCUUUCGUCCCAGCGCACGCCGCGUACCCACACAUGCGCAACGUCAUGGGCCCCGACGGGCGCCCGCGACACAUGUACCAGAACCAGCAGCUCUACGGCGCGCAUGGACAACCCCUAGGCCCUAUUCCGCAGCAGGGAGCCCAGGGGUCGCAGUAUGGCGAAUACGCCGUUCCGUCGCCGACGGGGUCGUAUAACAGCUUCACAGAAGACCGAGGAGGGGAUACUGGUAGGAAACGACCGCACGGCGAGCCGCAGGCGUCUAUCCUACCGCCACCUAAUCCGGGACAACCUCCUUAUCCGCGCCAAGAGCCGGGAAGGCGGCCUCCUGUCGAUGACGAUUUGCGCCUCGCGCCAGUGACACCGGUGGUUGGACAGGCGAACUCGAAUUACUCCCCUGGCUCCUCUACUUCCUCCACCUCAGGCAAGCGUCCAGGAAAUGAAGGACUGCCGUCUAUGUCCCGCACACCGCCUCUGCGUUCGUCUCCUGGCGAUCGCAGUGAUCCUAUGGCUCUGGGGAAUAUCAUGGAGCGGCGUCCUGAAACGGAGAUCGAUAGGAAUAUGCUCGGUCGUCUUGGUCGGAAGUAA